UAAAUAGUUCAAAGGAAUGCAAUACGCCACACGAUUGGCCAAUCUUCCUGGACUUCCUCCGCUCGAUCAUCCACGAUCGAACGGCUAAAAAUCCACGCUAUGCAUUCAUCCCAAGAUCUAGCGAUCAGCACAAACCAGUUUCAGUAACCUGCAAAUAAUCAAAGAUUCACUUUUUGAAAUCAUGGAAGCGGGGGGCUCCCCAAGAGGCGAGAACUCCUUCUGCAACUGCGCGUAACUAAUUGCAGAAAUAAAGAAUAAAAAUUAAAGAAAGCAAGGCGGGAAGGAGGAGUUAUCCGGUUUUGUGUUGCUGAUUGCGAUAUUUAGGGUGGAUUUUUUAGGGUUUUUUUUCUGAUCAAAAUGGUCGGAUUUGAGCUAUUUUUGAGAUGGAUUUGAUUGAUUGAUGUUGAGGAGCGUGAGAUGGAUCGGCGGAGCUGGCUUUGGAGGAGGAAAUCAUCGGAGACGGAGAGCUCUGGAUCAGUGUCCUCUUAUUCCGAGCGCUUUUAUGAAGAACAGGAGGGUCUGAGAGUUUCAUCUGUUAAUGCUUCUCCAAACAACACUCAGUCGCCGGAAAUUUCAUCGAAACUGAUGGUUUAUGAUCCUAAUGAGACCAUAACGAGUUUGAACGAGAAGUUAUCAGCUGCUUUGCUAAGCAUCAGUGCUAAAGAAGAUCAGCAGCAUGUGAAAGUUGCAGAAGAAGCUGUUACAGGGUGGGAAAAGGCUGAGGCGGAUGUUGCUGCUCUAAAAAAGCAGCUUGAACUUGUUUUGCAGAAGAACUCUGCUCUUGAAGAUCGAGCAAAACAGCUUGAUGCGGCCCUAAAGGAAUGUGUUAGGCAGCGAAGGCAAUCGAGAGAGGAACAAGAGCAAGUUUUCCGUGAUGCGCUGACGAAGAAGAUGAAGGAAUGGGAGAACAAAAAAUUUGAUCUUGAAACCCAAAUCAUUGAGCUUCAAGCGAAGCUCGAAGUAAAAGCUGAGACAGCCUCCUCCAUUAUUGAUCAUCAAAUGUGCCUAAAACUUCAAGAACUGGAGAAAGAAAAGUCUUCUCUCCAAAUCGAACUGCUUGCAAAAACUGAAGAUCUCCAUCUUAGAACACUGGAAAGGGACAUUAGCACUCAAGUAGCAGAGACUGCAAGUAAACAACAUUUGGAAAGUAUAAGGAAGUUGGCCAUGCUUGAAGCCGAGUGUCGUAAGCUCCGAGCUGCAAAUCGUAAAUCUUCUCCUCUUAACACCGUCGUUAGCUCGGCUUGUGUCGAAUCUGUUCAAAACAAAGCAACCAAAAGAAAUCUUAAUGCGGCUACUGUUGAAACCAGUCUAAUGGAUGAUUUUCUUGAGAUGGAAAGGCUUGCCGCGUUGCCUGAAGCUUGUCAUGAAAGCUCAAGUCGCAAAAUUGACUGCGACUCCAACCAAUUGGUUACUACAGAUGGUCCAUCGAUGGUGGAAGUAGAAGUUUUGCGCAGGGAAUCGGCUGAGCUGACUCAAAAGAUUGUUAUGUUUGAAGCUGAGAAAACGGAAAUGGAGAUGGCUUUGUCUGAAACUCGUAACCAGCUUAAGGUUACUUGUGAUAAAAUAAAGAUGGCUGAUAACAGGUUGAUUGAGCUGCAACAGGAGCUGAGUGCAGCUAAUGGAUUAAAGCACAUAUUUGAUGCACAAAUGGAGGAAGUUGAUGCUAAGAGAAAAGAACUGGAGUGUCAGCUAAAGUCUGCACAAUUGGAGAUUAGUAAGCUCAAUGAGGAAGCUAUUAGCUUAUUGGAAGGAAACUUUGAGCUCCAAACCAAGGUUCAGACUUUAGAAGCUAAACUAAAGGAGGAAGAAGCACUCUCUGCAAAACUUGCUGCUAACAUGGAAGAUGAAGAAGCAAAUAGAAAGAAACUGAGCGUAGAGCUUGAAUCAGCCACUAUGGAAUCUGUGAAGCUGAGGGAGAGGAUCAGGUUAUUAGAAGAGGAAGUGGAGCACUGGCAAUCUCAGCUGAGUUCAGCUAAUUUUGAAGUCAGGCAACUGCAUGACAACGUAAGUUCGCUGGAAAGAAUUAUUGAUGAAGAAAGAGCGGCAUCAACAGAAUUUAACGCUGAAGCAGAAGCUACUAUGGUGGCAAAGAAGAUUGAAGUGGAGGAUCUGUAUAAGAAGGCAAACUUACUGGAAAGGAAAGUGGAAGAGGAGAGAGCAAUUUCUGCAGGAUUAGCAGCAAGCAGAGAAGAAAUGGAGACUCAGCUGGAGUCAGCACAUUUGGAAGUUAAGAGGCUGCAAGACAUGGUGUCAUCAUUGCGUCAGGAAGUAGAUGAAGAGAAGCCAAUUUUUCUGCAAAUGUCCACAAAGAAGCAAGAAGACAAGAUUAUGUUGAGAAAGGAGAGGGAUUUUGUUAUGUCUUCUGAAAUGUUUGUUGCCUGCCAAAAGACUAUAGAUUCGAUUAGCCAGCAGCUGAAAUCAUUAAGUAAUUUUGAGAAUUUAAUGAUAGAAUCCGAAGGUGUGGGGUGUCAUCUUCAAUACUGAAUAUUGGGGGUGAAAGACUAUCACAUGGAUGCACCAAAAUUAGUAGGAGCUGUGUACAUAAGGUUUUUUUCUCUUCUCCUUAAGCUUGUGCUUAAACUUCCAUAUCUGUAGCAAGAAAAAAAAAAGGAACUAAUACAUGUGUGGCUAUAAUUUAGUUGAUUUGGGCGAGAGAACUAUUAUAUUCAAUCUUAAUUUGUUUAUUUUGUGGACACUGUAGCAAGAUAACUCAUUUUUUUA